GGUAGAUGUUUGCGAUAGACGGGCUCAUUUCGCGAACGAGGUUCCACGUCUCGCUCUCCACAUACCACUUCUGGCAUAUUCGAUGAUUGCUGUCGCCUCCCGACAGCUCAGCCUGGUUUCUUCGAUUGGGGAUGUGGACCCGGCAGCUUACUAUAGUAAUGCACUUGGCAUCCUGAUACAGAAACUCGGCGGUCCGGUGGAAGAUUUGGACGAAAAUAUCUUAGCCGCUCUUGUCCUUCUUCGUACCUAUGAAGAGCUCACAGGCAGGCUUGGGAGCAUGGACACACUUAUCCGGGGUCACUCUAUUGCUCAACUCGGUCUCUAACUUCAUGGGAAAAGGCGGACUCGGAGAAGCUGCAAGCUGGAUAGUAUUGCGACAAGACAUGUUCUUUUCUAUGACUAAGUCACAUCCACUGCGCAUACACCUGGAAAGCUAUACCAUGUCUAGCGCGUUCACAGACAACUCAGCCGAGUCUUUUGCCAAUCGAAUCGUCUUCCUAUGUGCCCGAAUCCAAGCCCAUGUGUUUGGUCCCGACAGCAGGGCAACUGCGCAUCAGUGGACAGAACUCAAAACCGACGUCGAUAACUGGUUUCAAGCGAAGCCCUGGAACUUCCGGCCGAUGUGGAUGGACAAGGCGGAGGCAGGACAUGCUUUCCCCUGCGCUUGGAUGCAUCACCCUGCAUAUGUCGUCGCCUAUCAAAACUAUUGUCUGGCACGAAUGCUUCUCGCCAUUUUCGACCCAUGGCUUUGGGAACCAGGCUUUGAUAGUUUCCACAAGAGGCGUUAUGCUAAUGAUUUUGUACUGGAGAAUCUUCGCCUCAUCGUUGGUCUGUCUAUCAGUAACCCCUCGGUGGUUCCAGGAAGGUUCCUCGCGUCGCAUACACUUCAAGCAUGCGGUACGUAUCUGACCGAUUUUGAUGAACAACAGGCGGCACUGGCCUUUUUGCAAGACUUAGAAACACAGUGUGGUUGGCGUUCCAGACCGGUGAUCGACAAGCUAAUAGCUUCAUGGUCAAUGGAUAAGUGAUUAUGGUGAUUCCAGUUGUUAAUACACCAUGAUUGUGUAGCGCAGUAAUGAGAGCAAUUCGAUCAGCAUUUUCUGACCCGGAUGACAUGCGCAUAGAGUAUGGAACUUGGAUCAAGAGCCGCGGCCAAUCUAGCGGAUCCUGCUGCUACAGCUACAUCCUCUGGAUAUUGAUUUUCUGCGGCCGGAAACUGUUGCCAUUUUCUUGAAGUUCCAAUCUAACCUAGUUAGGUCAAUUCCCUGUACGACGAUUCACAGCUGUAUCUAUGCAACAGAUACAGUUGUGAACCGUCGGACCCUUGUGACAUUUGGCUGAGAGGCGCUGUCAUAGACUUACAAGGGUCUCCGCAUUCAGGCCUACCACUAGUGCUAGG